AUUCCUGUGCUGACUUAGAGGCUCGAAAAGCAGCAUCUGUCCCCUUCCAGGCAUCAGUCACUGCACCCCUGCUCCCUCAAGCACCUGAUCUUGUACCUACUUAUUCUAAAGAAGAAAAGGACUUUCUCCAGGCAGAGGGAGGACAAGUGAUGGAGGAAGGAUGGACUCGGUUACCAGAUGGGAGAGUAGCUGUGCUGCAGCUGCUAGGAGCUACAGUUGUACUGGCUGUGCAUGAAACCACCCAUCUAGGUCAGGAAUCACUUGAAAAGUUGUUAGGCCGGUAUUUCUACAUCUUGCAUUUGUCAGCCCUUGCCAAAAUGGUGACACAGCGGUGUGUUACCUGCCCACAGCAUAAUGCGAGGCAAGGUCCAGCUGUUCUCCCUGGCAUACAAGCUUAUGGAGCAGCCCCCUUUGAAGAUCUCCAGGUGGACUUCACAGAGAUGCCAAAGUGUGGAGAUCCUAUUCCUAGAUUUGGACUGCCCUUAUGGAUCGGCUCAGAUAAUGGGCCGGCAUUGGUGGCUGACUCGGUACAGAAGACGGCAAAGGUAUUGGGGAUCACAUGGAAACUGCAUGCUGCCUACCGGACUCAGAGUUCCGGAAAGGUGGAGCAGAUGAAUCGGACUAUCAAAAAUAGUUUAGGGAAAGUAUGUCAGGAAACAGGAUUAAAAUGGAUACAGUCUCUCCCUAUGGUAUUAUUUAAAAUUAGAUGCACCCCUUCUAAAAGAACAGGAUAUUCCCCUUAUGAAAUAUUGUAUCAUAGGCCCCCUCCUAUAUUGUGGGGACUUCCAGGCACUCCCGAAGAGUUAGGUGAAAUUGAGUUACAGCGACAGCUACAGGCUUUAGGAAAAAUUACACAAACAAUCUCAGCCUGGGUAAAUGAGAGAUGCCGUUAGCUUAUUCUCCCCAGUUCAUCCUU